AACCGUGAACUGCUGCCUGGAAACUUGAGGAUCUUUCCUUUCUACCAUGGUCUCUUGUUCUUGUUUCUUAUUUUCCCUGAAAAACAAUUAUAAAUUAAUUUUUUAUUCCCAAAUAUCAAAAUUCCUUCUCCCCCUUCUCUUCAAAACCAUAUAUAGCCAAAAGAUUCAGCUUUCAAAGGAUUCGUAUGGGGCGCCACAUAAAGCCCUAAUGAGAAAGAGAAAGUGGUAAAAGAAAUUAAGAAAAUCACAGAUACAAAGUAUUAGCUAAUUUAUGUAGUUUCUUUCUUCAAGCCCCACCUUCUGUUCAAGUGAUCAAUACUGUCAACUCCUGUCAUAACUGCUCUUCCCUGUCCGCAAUAUCGAGAACACCAUAUUCUCUCCAUUACGACCACCACCACCACCAUAAAUGCUUCUGUUCAAUCAUUUUUAUUGUUCAUAUAGAAAAGGAUAGUUUUUUAUGUGUUCAGCCGUAAGAUGAAAUGAAAUGGAAUAGGGGUGGUGCUGUAAGUGGGGUUUUCUUGGUUUUUUUCUUUGUGGGUUCUUCACUUUCAAUGUGUUUCUGGCUUAGGUAGUAUUUGUAGUGAGCAUCUAACGUUGCUGCAGAGCUACAAAGAAAAGGAAAAAUGUCAGAAAUGAGAGUUUCUGAUCCGAAUAGGCUGCAUUUGAAGAAGGAGCUUACUCAAAUCAGAAAAGCAGCUCGAGUUUUGCGCGAUCCAGGAACUACCCCUUCAUGGAAGUCACCUCUUAGUUCGUCUAGAUCUGCAGCAGCUGUAACUCUAGCUGCUGCUGCUUGGAAGCAGCUUGAGAAUGAGAAUGUAAUCCCAAAUGGGAGUAAUUCCAUUUUGAACACCCAAUUCAGGGAUAAUGGGAGAGAAAAGAGAGUGUUCCUGUACAAUUGGAAGACUCAGAAAUCCUCCAGCGAGAAAAGUGCAACGGCAAGAAAUGAUGCUGAUGAAGACUAUGAGUCUCGUUCGAUUCAAGAGAGCCUCGAUGAUAGCUUGAGCGAUGCAAGGAAUGCAGCAGAUUCCAAGAGUGACAGUUACAUUGGCGAGAGUAGGUCUGCUUCAACGAUUUUCAGGUGUAGAGAUGCGAAUUCUGUAUCGCCAUCAACUAAAAGAGCAUUGGGGAUCAAGAAAAAGAGUAAGAAAACUAACACCCAUAUGGAUAUUAUGUCUAGAUAUCAACAAAAAGAGAUUAAUUUGAGAAGAUUGCUCAAGAGUCAUCCUUCAUUGGCUUUAGGUUUAGGAAGGGACGACUCUGUAGAUCAAUCUGAUGAUACCGAAGAAUAUGGUAAUUCUGAGGAUCUAAGAAAGAUUUCAGGGGCAUCCCCUUUUUUAAUAAAAUUUAACAAUAAGAAUUGGUCAAAUUCUCCAUCUAAAUUUUUGAGGAGUAGUCAAAAAGAGGACUCUUCUUACUGUUAUAGCACACCUGCAUUAUCAACUAGUUCUUAUAAUAGGUACUGUAAUCGUAACCCAAGCACUGUUGGAUCUUGGGAUGCCACCACAACCUCAUUGAAUGAUGGGGAUGAUGAGGUGGAUGACCAUUUGGAUUUGCCGGGUCGCCAGGGAUGUGGGAUUCCUUGCUGUUGGUUCAAAAGGACACCUAGACACAGAGGGGUAUGCGGAAGUUGUUUUUCUCCUUCCCUUUCAGAUGCUAUACGGCGGAAAGGGACUAGCAUUCUGUGUGGUAGUCAGUCAAUUUAUCAUAGACACCAGCGUUCAUCAUCAUUUUCAAAUAAGAGAAGAAUUGCUUCCAGAAGUUCCCAAGGACUUCUGCCAUUGCUUACAAAUAUUGGUGGCAGAGGUUCAUCUAUUGGAACUGGUCAUAGUGAUGAUGAACUCUCUACCAACUUUGGUGAGCUUGAUUUGGAGGCCCUGUGUAGAUUGGAUGGGAGGAGAUGGUCUAGUUGUAGGAGUCAAGAUGGGUUAGAUAUUGUAGCUCUAAAUGGAGAUGGGGAAGAGGAAGGUACACCUGAAAAUAUUCAAAGUUUGACUAAAAAAUACAAGCCUCUCUUCUUUGAUGAAGUGAUAGGGCAGAACAUUGUGGUUCAAUCUCUCAUAAAUGCUAUUUCCAAGGGAAGGAUUGCCCCUGUUUAUCUUUUCCAGGGUCCCAGAGGGACUGGUAAAACAUCAACAGCCAGGAUUUUUGCCUCUGCGUUAAAUUGUAGAUCUACAGAAGAAACAAAGCCAUGUGGGUACUGCACAGAAUGUGCUGAUUUCAAUUCUGGUCAGACUAGGUAUCUAUGGGAAGUUGAUGCCACAAAUAAGAAGGGAAUUGAUAAAGUUAGGAACCUUUUGAAGAAGGUUUCACAGUGGCCACCAACAGGCUCUUCUCGGUACAAGAUUUUUCUCAUUGAUGAGUGUCACUUGUUGCCAUCUAAGAUGUGGCUGGCAUUUUUCAAAUUUCUUGAAGAACCACCACAGCGAGUUGUGUUCAUAUUUAUAACAACUGAUCCUGAUAAUGUACCUCGUACUGUACAAUCAAGGUGUCAGAAGUACCUAUUUAGCAAAAUUAAAGAUGGGGAUAUUGUGGCAAGGUUGAGGAAAAUUUCUACCAAAGAAAAUCUAGAUGCUGAAUUGGAUGCAUUGGAUUUGAUUGCUUUAAAUGCAGAGGGUUCACUUCGAGAUGCAGAAACUAUGUUAGAUCAGUUGAGCUUGUUGGGGAAGAGGAUAACUACAUCUCUUGUAAAUGAGCUUGUGGGUCUUGUUCCAGAUGAAAAAUUGCUGGAACUUUUGGAGUUAUCAAUGUCUUCAGAAACAGCACAAACGGUGAAGAGGGCUAGGGAUUUAAUGGACUCUGGUUUUGAUCCCAUGGUUUUAAUGUCUCAACUGGCGAGCCUCAUUAUGGACAUCAUUGCAGGAACUUACAAUGUUGUUGAUAUCAAAUAUAGCCAUUCAUUCUUUGGUGGACAAAGCUUGACUGAAGCAGAACUGGAGAGAUUGAAGCAUGCACUGAAGCUUCUUUCGGAGGCUGAGAAACAGCUACGGGUUUCAAGUGACCGAUCAACAUGGUUCACAGCGACUCUUUUACAGCUUGGUUCAGUGCCCUCACCAGAUCUUACUCAGUCAAGCAGCAGUAGAAGACAGAGCUCGGGAACAACUGAGGAGGAUCCUUCGAGUGCUUCUGGAGUUACGAUUCACAAGCAGAAAUCAGAUGCUCAUUAUUUACCUCGUAGAUCAAGUUCUGCUUCCUUGUACAAAGCAAUAAAUAAAAAUUCCAGUCAUCAAGGAGAAUUUGGUUUGAAUUCUAAUCCCCCUUCAAGUCGAACAAUGGAUAGCCUUACCUCUUCUGCCUCACAGGAUGAUGAACUGGUUGGAAAUCUGCUAUAUAGAGUCAGAAACUCUGAUAAGUUGGAUCAUAUCUGGGAAAAGUGUAUUGCAAAGUGUCACUCAAAUACACUUAGGCAGCUGCUGCAUGCUCAUGGAAAACUUUUCUCCAUAUCUGAAGUUGAAGGUGCUUUGGUUGUUUAUGUUGCAUUUAGGGAUGAAGAUGUUAAAGCAAGAGCUGAAAGGUUUAUGAGCAGUAUCACAAAUUCAAUUGAAAUGGUCUUGAGAUGCAAUUUAGAGGUACGGAUUAUACUAAUGCCAGAUGGUGAGGAUUCUAUGAAUUGUGUGAAUCUAAGUGAGUUGCAAGGUCAAAAGCGGGCAGGAGCAACUUUGGGAAUUGAGCAGAAAAGAAAAGCAAAUGGCUUGAACCCAGUAAAUGGUUACACUGAUUCCCAACAAGAAUCCCUAAAGUUAUGCAGAGGAAGCUCCAAUGAUUUGGAGUGCAAACUAAAAGGAGGACCAGGAGAUCAUUUCAAAUCCUUAAUAUUGCUGGAUAGUGCUUUACAAUCUACUGCUCUAUCCAAUGCUGAAAAUGGUUAUGUGAAAGAGGAGAGGCAGGAAUCACCAAUGCAGAGAAUAGAAUCCAUCAUCUGGGAACAGAGGUUAGAAACUGCCUGGCUACAGGCUGCAGAGAAAGGCACCCCAGGAUCAUUAAGUCUUUUGAAACCUGAGAAGAAUCAAGUGCUGCCUCAAGAGGACAUCCAUCAUCAAAAUAAAAUGGAAUCUGCAAGUUCAGUGAGUCUGCCAUCUCAGCAUUGGGAAGAUGAACUAAAUUAUGAACUCAAAGUUUUGAAAAUGGAAGAUCGGAGGGUGAUCCAUGAGGACCAAAUUGGUAAAAGAGCUGAUUGUUACUCAUCAUCUCCAAGCUUGUUGAAUGAUAGCAACUUUGUGGGCAUUCCAAUCAAAGAAAGCCUGAUGUAUGAAUCAAGUUCAGCAAGCAGAGGUUGCAGUGGGCUUUUCUGUUGGAAUGCCAACAAAUCUCUUAGGCAGAAGGUGAAAGGGACCAUUGUUCGCUCCGGACGCAGAGGCGGACGACUUUCAUUGUUUUGGGGGUGUGGGAAGCAUAAGAAAUCAGAAAGCAUGAAUAUAAGAUAUAUGGGAUAUCAGAUAUAGGGUUUGUUCGGUAUUGCUAUUGCAAAAAAAAAAGAGAGUAUAUUUUUAAUAUAUUAAUAAAAAAUCAUUGGCAUUUUAUCCUAGCCAAUUGAAUUAA